AUGAAUAACGAAACAUCAGAGCUGGAAAAUAAACCUGAGAACAAAAACAUGUGCAAACGUGGUUGUGGCUUCUAUGGAAGUGUUCGAUUCAAAGAUAUGUGUUCCAAAUGUUAUCAGGAGCAUAUUAAAUGUAGUUCUACCUUGGAGCAAGCUACACUUGUUCAUUCCACUUCAAUUGAUAUACCAGAUAAUCGAAAGUCACAGCUCUUAGAUUGCUGUGAACACUCUCCCAAAGAUUCCACUUCAAAUCAGUCAGAUCCUACAACAUCUUCCCAAUUAUCUCGUGCGCUUAAACGAAAGGCAAAUCCCUCAGUCUCUGCAGAAACUUCCAAAGCCGACUCGUCAGCUUCCCGUCCCGUUCUUGGCGUCAAUCGUUGCACUUGGUGUCGCAAGCGUGUUGGACUGACAGGUUUCGCUUGCCGCUGCGAUGGACUGUUCUGCUCAUUACAUCGAUAUUCCGAUCAGCACGAGUGUGCUUAUGAUUAUCAAGCAAAUGGUCGUCUUGAACUAGCUCGCGCCAAUCCAGAAGUACGUUGUCCCAAAAUUCGAAAACUGUGA